UAUGGAUAUCCUUAUAAGAGAAAAACUAUUCAAUGUUUUCCCAACAAUGGAAAGUGGUGAAGCUGAUAAGAUUAUGAAUGGUUUAUUACUUUUGGGGCUUGAAACAGAAAGUGAUUUCAAUUAUCUUAAAGAGGAAGACCUAACAACAUUACUGCCUCUGAUAAAGGCUAGGCGUUUUUUAUCUGCAUGUCAACCUGUUAUUGUUUCUGAAAUGUCGUCAGUUACCCCAUCUUGUUUAUUUCCAUCAGUUACCCCGCUUUCUCCAGAACCUUCCACUUCACUUUCAUCAGGAUCUUCAAAUUGGGCGCAAUUAUUUAUUGUCAAUUGGGAAAAUUUUCCAACUGAGUUUUUAAGUGACAUCAACAGCAAGCGAAAGCCCUCUGAGUCACAUAUACGACAAAUGGUUAGCUUAUUAAUGAGAGAUGUUUUGCGCCAUGAUCACAAGCCUAAUCGAAACAGUUUACGAAUUAUUGCUCAAAAAGUUGUUUCAAGAUAUCCUGAUGCAUUUGUUGAUGAAAUAAAUGGCAAGAUAAUUAGCAACGGAGUUGAAACAUUAAUGUAUAGGAUGGAGUCAAGAAAGGAAAACGCAAAUCGGAAAGCCUCUUUGUCAGGAAAUUGUAAGAGGAUGAAACUAAAUGUACAUAGUAUACACCCACAUGGAUGGGACCCAAAUAUUUCCAGUGUAUCUAUAGACUUACUAAAUGCAAAGGAGCAGCUACAGCAAUUAUUUAGAAAUUUGCCUUGGCCAAAAAAAGAUGUUGAUAAGCUAAUGGCAGACACAUUUUCUUUGCAACGCCAUACAAUUAAUGCAAUAGUUCCGUUUUGUGAAGUUUUGCUUCAAUGGCCAUUUUUAUCACAAUUGGAGUAUGUUAUGGAUCAUUUUUCCAAUCUGAUGAGUUUUUCAUUGAUGGACAAUUUAAGAAACGCAGUGGCAAGCAAGUCUAAUCUUAUUUUUCUAUACUUUGAAACUAUGACCAAAAAAAAUGUUGUGAAGGAAAUUUUACUUGAAGCAAAAAGUAUAGGUAUUGAAUAUGGAGGCGUUCAGCGAGCGUUAUGUUGGGCAUGGCUGCCUCUAAUUAUAGCAUAUUUUGGAGAUAAAACUGAACAUUUGAUAUUAUCAGUUAAUAUUUUAGCCACUAUAUCAGAGAUGGAAGAUCUUUGUCCAACUUCUCAUCCAAUGAUUUUUGUAAAAGGGACUUGGUUUGAAUCAGAAUAUUUUUAUGUGUUGAUUGAAAAAAAACUUUCUUAUACAUUCACUGAUGCUCUAUCGGCUGUUAGUGUAUUAUUUGCAAUUUAUUAUGUUAUGAAUAUGCAAUAUGAUCCAAACGUUUUUGCAACAUUGGAGUUUAUUCAAAGGUAUAUGGUGGACUAUAAUCCUGAAAAUGUAAAAAAUAACGCUAAAGGGAAAAAACCAGGAACAGUUGUUUGCCCACGAGUUCUAACUCUAAUUCGAGAACUAAAUAGUUAUAGUUUAAAUUCUGUUUAAUCGAAAAAUGUUUUUUAACUGAGUUUUUUAAAUCUUUUUUUAUUGAGAAUAUUGUUAUAUAAUAAUAUAUAGUUAAGUUGUAAUUUAUAUAUAUUUAUAUAAAACAGUUUUCUAUGUUUGAAAUUUAACUCAA